AUGCUCCUGAGCUUCCGUCACUGCAAUUACCAAAUCACACCUUCGUGUAACCACCGCUCCUAUCCACGCAGCCACCGCCUCUUAACCAUCUCGCUCGCCUCGAGGCCGCGCCGGAGUUUCCAACCUCCGCUCCUGUCAUCGUCUCCGGCCGAUAUUUCCGCCGCCGUAUCAAUAGUAUCGAAAGAGGAGGCGGAGGAGAGCGAUUUCGAGCUCGGGGGGGAUGGAGAAAAUGAGAAUUACAACUUUGACGGAUCGUUCGAGCUCUCCGAUUCGAAGCGGUUCGUGUCGCCGGCGGUGGAGGUGAGGGAGCUGGACGAGCUUCCGGAGCAGUGGCGUAGGUCGAGGUUGGCGUGGCUGUGCAAGGAGCUUCCGGCGCACAGGUCGGGCACGUUUAUCAGGGUACUCAGCGCGCAGCGCAAGUGGAUUAGACAACCCGAUUGCACUUAUGUUGCGGUCCAUUGCAUGCGGAUUCGAGAAAACGAGGCUGCAUUUAGGGUGUACAAAUGGAUGAAGCAGCAACAUUGGUUUCAGUUCGAUUUUGCUCUUGCUUCCAGAUUAGCUGACUACAUGGGUAAGGAGCGAAAAUACUCAAAAUGCCGUGAGAUAUUUGACGAUAUCGUUAACCAAGGUUUAAUUCCUAACGAGUCCACAUUUCAUAUCCUUAUUGUUGCCUACCUUAGUUCAUCCGCUUCAAACUGUAUAGAAGAAGCGUGUACAGUGUACAACCAAAUGAUCCACUUGGGCGCAUACAAACCUCGGCUGAGCCUGCACAAUUCUCUUUUCAGAUCCCUUGUGAGCAAAACCGGGCGCUCUUGUAAAAACCAUCUCGAGCAAGCAGAGUUCGUUUUUUACAACCUCACGGCAUGCAGACUUAAAGUGCACGACGAUAUUUACGGAGGGCUUAUAUGGCUCCACAGUUAUCAAGACGCGAUUGACAGAGAUAGAAUUGCAUUGCUGAGAGCCGAAAUGAAAUCGUUGGGAAUUAAAGAGAGUACAGAAGUGCUCGUGUCGGUUUUAAGAGUUUGCGCUAAGGAAGGUGAUCUUGAAGAAGCCGAUAGAAUUUGGAAAAAGAUUCUUUUCUCUUCGAACAACAAACCCCCGAUUCUGGCAUUUUUAUAUCUGAUGGAAGUUUAUUCCCGAAUCGGUUCGCCAAUGAAAUCCCUCGAAAUAUUUCGGAAAUCUCGAGAAAUAUAUCCGCCAGCUGUCGCGUCGUACAACAAAAUCAUCGAGAUUUUCUGCCGAGCUCGGAAUAUGGAUCUAGCAGAGUCCCUCAUGUCCGAGUUUAUAGACAACGGCUUGAGGCCCGUGAUGCAAUCUUUUAUCGAAAUAAUGCUUGCAUACGCCGAUUCGGGUUCGCCCGAUAAAGUGGGGUCCACAUUCCUGUGGUUCCUCGACAAAUCCCGCCCCAAUAAGACUGCUUACAAUCUUUACUUAGAUUCUUUAGUCGACAGUGGGGAUCUCGACCGGGCGGAAUUAACCUUCAACCAUAUGCAUGCUGAUGACGCGAUCGGCAUCAAUGCCAGAUCAUGCAAUGCAAUAUUGAGGGCCUACCUCUCGAGCAACCAAUACGCAAAGGUAAAAUUGAUGCACGAUUUCAUGUGCGAAAAGAAAUACGUCGUCGAAACUUCCCUGAACGAGAAACUCGAGCAUGUCAUGAGUUUGAGCCAGGAAGAAGUCGAAAAAUCGAUACCAGUCUUGAAGCUCAGCAUAGAACAAAGAGAAAUCCUUAUAGGAAUGAUUUUAGGCGGCUUGAAGUUUAAAACCGACGAGGACGGUAAAAAAAGGAUUUACUACGCGAUAGAUUUUGUAUUUAGAGAGGAUUCGAAAAUCCAUUCCGUUUUGAGGAGACACGUAUACAACAAAUUUCACGAGUGGUUAGCUCGUGAGGCGCGGGCCAGUCACCUUCGUGACGGUAUUCCGUACCAAUUCACGACUGUAACUCACUCAUUUUUUAAAUUCUACGCAGACCGGUUUUGGCCAGGGAAAAUACCCGUUAUUCCGAAUCUAAUAAACCGGUGGCUCACGCCACGUGUGCUUGCUUACUGGUAUAUGUACGGUGGGUACAGAACUUCGUCUGGGGAUAUCUUGCUGAGGCUGAGGUUCGGUAAGGAGGAUGUUUUGAGAAUUCACAGGGUGCUUAAAGAGAAAUUUUUGAAAUGCCGUGUGAAGAAGAAAGGCUCGGUUUUCUGGAUGGGUUUUCUUGGGGAGGAUGCAGGGGCAUUUUGGGAAACGACUCGGUCCUUUGUGCUGGCUGAUCUGAAAGAGUCUUUAGAACCAGGGAUUGAGCCUGUUAAUGGAAGUUACGGGUUUAAGGGUGUGAAUUUAGGUAGUGAUUCGGAUAGUACGGAUGAUGAUGAUAGUCGUGACAUUCUUAGCUAA